CUGCUGCGGUGUCGCUGCCGCGGAGGCUGCGACGCUGCCGCGUGGGUGCGUGCGCGGAGCGGGCCCGGCGGCUGCGCGGGGGCGGGGGAGGAUGGGGCUGUGCCCCGGCGGGCCCCGCGCUGCCCGCCCGCGGAGGAGGGCGGCUUAGCUGCCGCAGCCCACGCCGGCGGGCCGCGCUGCGGGGCCGCCUCCGCGGAUGAGCCGCCGGGGGGAACCGCCGGCGAGUGCAGCCGCAGGGCGCCGCAGCCGCCGCCUCCUCCCCCGCCGCCGCUCCCUCUUGUCGCCGCUGCCGCCCAUGGCUUCCCGCCACCCCUGCUGACCGGCCGCCCCUCGCCUCCUCCCGAGCCGGGCCGGGCCGGGGCCGGGCAGAGAAGAUGGGGAACACCACGUCCUGCUGCGUCUCCUCCAGCCCCAAGCUGCGGCGGAAUGCCCACUCUCGGCUGGAGUCCUACCGCCCCGAGGCCGAGCUGAGCCGGGAGGACACGGGCUGCAACCUGCAGCACAUCAGCGACCGGGAGAACAUCGACGAUUUGAACAUGGAAUUCAACCCGUCAGAUCAUCCACGGGCCAGUACGAUAUUUCUCAGUAAAUCACAAACAGAUGCUCCCUGGGAGGAAAAUUAUCUUGAUUUAUGUGGUAGUUGCCUCCAGAGUUGUAUCCUAAAUGCUGUGGUAUUUUCACUGGAACAGAGCUCCGCAGGCUCUCUAUGGGUGAGAGAAAAACGCAAGAGUCUCUAUAUAAACCACCAUCCUCCUGGGCAGUUGAGAAGGAAGUACAGUUCCUGCUCCACUAUUUUCCUGGAUGACAGCACGGUCAGUCAACCAAACCUCAAGUAUACCAUCAAAUGUGUAGCUCUUGCAAUAUAUUACCACAUCAAAAACAGGGACACAGACGGAAGAAUGCUCUUAGAUAUUUUUGAUGAAAACCUUCAUCCCCUUUCGAAAUCCGAAGUGCCACCAGACUAUGACAAACAUGACCCGGAGCAGAAACAGAUUUACCGCUUUGUCCGGACGUUGUUCAGUGCUGCUCAACUGACUGCUGAAUGUGCCAUUGUCACCCUGGUAUAUCUUGAAAGACUCUUAACUUAUGCAGAGAUAGAUAUCUGUCCAGCAAACUGGAAGCGAAUAGUACUGGGGGCAAUUCUCCUGGCAUCGAAAGUGUGGGACGACCAGGCAGUGUGGAACGUGGAUUACUGCCAGAUCCUGAAGGAUAUCACAGUGGAAGACAUGAAUGAGCUGGAACGCCAGUUUCUUGAGCUGUUACAGUUCAAUAUUAAUGUUCCCUCCAGUGUUUAUGCCAAGUAUUAUUUUGAUUUGCGUUCCCUGGCAGAAGCAAAUAACCUGAGUUUUCCCUUGGAGCCCCUCAGCAGGGACAGGGCAUAUAAACUUGAGGCCAUUUCUCGCCUGUGUGAAGAUAAAUACAAGGACUUCAGGAAAGCUGCAAAGAAGCGGUCGGUCAGUGCUGACAAUCUGACUGUGGUUAGAUGGUCCCCUGCAAUUAUCUCCUAACAGAGGAGACUGGAAUAUUCAUACGGACCUACUGUUUCAUCCAUCCAUUUUUUUCUGAGUGGGCUGGGGGCGGGGGGAUAAAGAAAAAAAGACUUUUGAUUUUUUUAUUUUUAAAUCUGUCAAGCUGCCUUUACAGUGCCUCCCCAUUGUGUAGCACACGAGUGAAAUGCCUAACGGAAGGAGAAAUGCAGAAAUCGGUGUUCGGGAGAGAAGAUCGGCAACAAUUAUUUUCUCACUUCCACUAACAGCUUUACACUUUUAUGAGGAAACAGCAAAUCAGGUGCUUGGAAGAAGAAACAAAAAAAAUGAAGUAGAGGCAGAAAAAUAUUUAAGAACUCUGCCAUUUUCUAUUAUAUUGUACUCAUGAAGGGAAAUGGCAGCAUGAAAAAAACAACAUGUAGUCAGAUGACUGUGCACUAGAGGAAUGACAUUGGGAGUUCCAUCUUAAAGGUUUCUCUUAAUAUCUUUUUGUUGUUGUUGUUGGUUUUUUUUUUUUUUGCAUUCCUCAUUGCUGCUUCCCAGGAUAAAUUCUUCCCCUUGCACAGCAGGAAAUACAAAAUCUGUAUUUACAGUAGCACAAGCCCCUGAAUAAAUAGUGUUGGGUUUUUUCACUGCACUUUUCUCUGUAACCUGUCUUAUUAGCAUUAUUCUUCUUAAUUAUUAUGCAUAUGUUACAUAUGUUUCUUGUAUGCCUUUUAUUGUAUUUCAAAAGAGAGAACUUGACCAUAGUGCUGAACCAAAAGUGUGUACAGGGAUCAGAAGAUCUUCGUAAUUUCAUGAUGUGUUUUAUUUAUAGUAUACUUGGGUGCGUGUGCCUUCCUGAGUUCUUGGAAUCAUUUAUUUUUCCUUAAUAUAAAGAUACAGUUGUUAAAGUCUUGAGAUGAUGAUGAUAAGACUUGGGCCAAAUCUCUGAAAUUUGCAACAGAUCUUGUGAUCCUUUUCGCAGAUUUUCAUAGCAUUAGAAGUUUAGCAGAAUUCAUCCAUUUUGAAGGAGAUUUUUUUUUUUUUUUUUUGUGGCCUGACAAGUUCAUUCCUUCACCUCCAGGUCCAUUGUUGCAAGCAAUAUUCUCAAUUUUUAUAUGUUUAUUUUAAAUCAAAGUGAGUCUGUUUGUAUAAAAUAAAAAAUAAUAAAAAAAAUUGUUCCAAUGAGAAGGCCUCUAGAAGAGCAGAAUGGAAAUCUUAAUAAGGUAUCUGUCACAAGGAGAUUUGAUUUGAAAGCUAAAAUACAAACCCUCAUGUUUUUCAGUGUAGGUGCUUAUAGAAAUUAAAAGUAACUGAACUGUGAAUAUAAUUUCCAACUCGGAUUAUUGAACUCCUCUGUUGUUAUUAUUAUUUCGUUCUUACUGUGGCUGUUCCCCCCUUGGCAAUUGUAAGAACCUUUAUACAAAAUAACUUCUCAGUAUAAAGAUAUUUGCUUCAUAACACCACAGGGUGAUUUUUUUCCCCCAGUUGUUUUUUUGUUGUUGUUGUUGGGUUUUUUUGUUUUUUUGGGGAGUUUUUUUGCACAGUUUAGAAAGAUACAGCUGAAAGCUCUCAGUUCCCUGCAAUGUGUCCUUGUGACUGUCGCUGAAGGGAAUGGCAGCAGAUGUCCCUGAUUUGUGCACUACUGUUGUAACCCACAAAGAUUCCAUGUUUGUUUUGUUAAGCCCUAUGGGCUUGUAGCUACCUGGGGGCCCAGAGAUGCACACCUGGCUCCCAGAGCGAUGCUGAUCCGGGGCCUCCGGGCCAGGAGGCACCCACAGGAUCACAGCAGAGAAACCAAACAGCUUCCUGUCAGCUUUCCAAUGGGAUUUGUUUAGUUUGAGACAUGAAGGCUUUGUCCAUAAAUUCUCCUGGUGUUCUUUAGGCCUUUAAAAUAAUCUAAUUCUCAUCACUUCUUGUUGUGCCAAUGCAUCAGAACUGUGAGUAUCCAAGUCCAUUUUUCCCUUGAACAUGGAAUGUAAGGCAAGUGUUUAUAACAAAUUACAGCAUUUGAAACCUCUUUACAAAUAGUAUCAAAAGGAACAUUUUCAGAACAUUUGAAAUUCAUCCUUUAUAAGCAUAAAUUUAGGCUUUAAAAUAUGUAAAAUAUUUUGAUUUAUCAACACUUUGCUAAACUAUUUUCCAUUUAACUUGAUAUCAGGAAUAUUGGUUUUAUCCAUUUCUGGGUGAUAGAGAUAUGAACUUUGGAUUAUGUAAAGAUAUCAAUGCAUCUACUAUAAUUUUUGUGAAGUUUAUUAAACUACUUUAAAGAUUGUAUAGUCUAUUUAUUGUAUGUAUGUACAUACAGUCUGAUACUUUAAAAAGUGGAUUCCGUAAAACCUGGCUCAGUCUUGUUUAGACUAUUGAAUAUCGUUUUAGCCUUGUGCACUGGACUCUACCUCUGUAUAGGAGAAUUUUCCAUAUUCUUAAUUAGUACUGAUUCUGUGAUUAACUUGGUUAUGUUUCUUGCACUAAGAAUUAAAAAAAAAAUCUGCUGUAAGUGUGGAUUUUUUCUUUAGUUUUACCAUAUGAAUCCUCUACAUUUAGAUGGAUGUUUCGUUCCCUCAUGGUUAUAGAAUAAUUCUUUGCUUUUUCUUCUGGUUUGUUCCAGGGUUGCCAAAAAUACAGUACCUGUCAGUAAAUCUGAAAAGUGUCUUUUGUUUGCCAGGUAUUCUAUACCAGGUAAUUAAAAAUUAAUUAUUAUUUAGGCUUAUGUUGUGUUUAGUGUAGUUUUUCAGCAUUACUGUAUGGAAAAUACCAUUGCAAAGUUAGAGCAUCACUGGAGAUGUAAGAAGGGAGGAGAACCAUAUGACAUUUUAAUUAACAGCACAAAGACAUUGUGUUUUGCUGUAAAUGUUUUCUGGAUUAAGGUUUUCAUUAUUGCUUUGGUCACCGGCUCAGAGCUGAAAAGGUGUAGGAGAUAUAAUAAACCUGUCCCUUCAA